AUGAAGUUGGUGUUUAACCAUUUGCUUCAGUGCUUGAAAGAGCAUUAUCAAGAAAUAGAAAGGAAGAAAAUUGAGGUAGCUGCAUUUAAUGAAUUGGUGAGGACGAAGCGAGAAAUACAAAAGUGGGCAUCCAACAAUAUGGGCAAGAAGGGAAAUAACAUAAUUUGCAAAGAUCCACCUAAUGACAAAACAGAAAAUACACGAACACA